AUGAUUAUAACAAACACCAGAUCUCAAAACCCUAAAAGAAGAAUAUAUACAUGGAAAAUGCCAGGUGAUAUUGCCCGCUACCAAAUAGAUUACAUACUGGUAAAAAAUCGAUUUAAGAAUCAAGUUAAAUUCUGCAAAACAUAUCCGAGUGCUGAUUGUGACAGUGAUCACAAUAUAGUAAUAGCAAAAUGCGAACUCAGAUAUAAAAAACCACAAAGAACAAAAGUAAAGCAAGACAAUUAUACUGUUAGAUUACUUAAGAGUGCGGAGGUUGUCGAAGAAUAUGGACGCUAUAUGGAUAUCGAAUACCAAAAACAAAAUGUAGAUGAUCCACUUAACAAAAAGUGGGAGAACAUAAAAUCAGCUAUUAAAAAAGUGGCGGAUUCUGUGCUAAUAAAAAAAGAAAAGAGAGAACCCAGAAGAGCAUGGAUUUACAAGGAAAUAGUAAAACUUAUAGAUGAAAGACGAAAAUAUAAAAACAAUAACACGAGAGAAGGACACCAGAAGUAUCGUCAACUAAGGGGAAUGAGGUUAAUCGAGAAGCCAGAAAAACAAAAGAAAAAUGGCUGGAGCAGCAGUGUAGCGAAAUUGACGAAAUGUUCAAAGCUAACAAAAUAG